AUGUUUGGGGGCCUGGUGGGGAGAGCGACAUCUGCUUUCCUCAUCCUGAGGAGAGAGGAUCCGCAGAAGGUUCCAGAGCCCAGAGGAAGAAAACAGCAGGAGAGCCAGGCGCCGGGGGGUGGGGGUGGCCAAGUGGAGAACAGCCUCUCCCAAGGCUGCCUGCACCCCCCGGAGCCCAGACAUGGACAAAGGCAGGAGGGCAGGUUGUCUCCAAGGGCCCUACAGGCCCUGCCUGGGAGCUUCGCCCGAGUCCAGCUUCCUCAGUGGAGGCCAGAGCCUCAGCCUCCCCGGACCCCAGGUUUUCAAGGGGGCCGCGAACAGGCCGGAGCCUGGGGGGCUAGAGUGCCCGUGAGAGACUUCAGUCGUGGGAAGAAGAGGCCAGAGACCCUGUUGUAG